AUGAAGAUUACCUCCCGUCCGCUGAUGAUAAGCAGUGUCGUUGUCAGGUCCAAGCUCAGCCUCAUUCCGCUUCUGCUGCUCUUUCUCGGUCACUCUCGCGGGAUGCCGCACGUUCUAAGAUUCGGGGGAAUAUUUGAAUCUAUCGAGAGCGGCCCCUCGGGAGCAGAGGAACUCGCCUUCAAAUUUGCCUUGAACACAAUCAACAGGAACCGCACUUUGCUCCCAAACACAACGCUGACCUAUGACAUCCAGAGAAUAAACAUCUUUGACAGCUUUGAGGCGUCCCGCAAAGCAUGUGACCAGCUGUCCCUAGGAGUGGCCGCCAUAUUUGGGCCGUCACACAGCUCGUCGGCCAACGCGGUCCAGUCCAUCUGCAAUGCUCUGGGAGUGCCCCACGUCCAGACAAAGUGGAAGCAUCAGGUGUCGGACAACAAGGACUCGUACUAUGUCAGCCUGUACCCGGACUUCUCGUCCCUCAGCCGAGCCAUUCUGGACCUGGUGCACUUCUUCAAGUGGAGAACCGUCACUGUGGUCUAUGACGACAGCACAGGUACAGGACUCAUUCGACUGCAGGAGCUGAUCAAGGCGCCGUCACGAUAUAACAUUCGUUUGAAGAUCCGACAGCUGCCCACAGAGACCAAGGACGCCAAGCCACUUCUCAAAGAGAUGAAGAAAGCAAAAGAGUUCCACGUCAUCUUCGAUUGCGGACACGAGAUGGCUGCCUGGAUACUAAAACAGGCUCUGGCCAUGGGGAUGAUGACAGAGUACUAUCACUAUAUUUUUACCACCCUGGACCUUUUUGCCCUGGACAUGGAGCCGUACCGUUACAGUGGCGUGAACAUGACCGGCUUUCGCAUCCUCAACACCGAAAACUCUCAGGUGUCGUCCAUUAUCGAAAAGUGGUCCAUGGAGCGGCUACAAGCUCCGCCCAAACCGGACUCGGGCCUACUGGAUGGAUUCAUGACGACGGACGCGGCCCUGAUGUACGACGCCGUGCACGUGGUGGCGGUGGCGGUCCAGCAGUCGCAGCAGAUCACCGUCAGCUCCCUGCAGUGUAAUCGCCACAAGCCUUGGCGCUUCGGGGGGCGCUUCAUCGGCCUCAUCAAAGAGGCUCAUUGGGAUGGCCUGACCGGCCGCGUUCUCUUCAACAAGACCAACGGACUUAGGACGGAUUUCGACUUGGAUGUCAUCAGCCUGAAGGAGGAAGGCCUGGAAAAGAUCGGGACUUGGGAUCCUCCGAGCGGUCUGAAUAUGUCUGAGACUCACAAAAGCAAGACGUCCAACAUCACUGACUCGCUGGCUAACAAAUCUCUGCGUGUAUCCACCAUACUGGAGGAGCCGUAUGUCAUGUUUAAGAAGUCGGACAAACCUUUGUACGGGAACGACCGCUUCGAGGGUUAUUGCAUCGACCUGCUGAGGGAGCUUUCUGGCAUCUUGGGCUUCCAGUACGAUGUCCGGCUGGUUGAAGACGGCAAGUACGGCGCCCUGGAUGAGAGCACGGGCCAGUGGAACGGCAUGGUGCGCGAGCUCAUGGACCAUAAAGUCGACUUGGCGGUCGCUCCUCUUGCCAUCACCUAUGUUCGAGAGAAGGUCAUUGACUUCUCCAAGCCCUUCAUGACGCUUGGGAUAAGUAUCCUGUACCGAAAGCCCAAUGGCACCAACCCCGGGGUCUUCUCCUUCCUAAACCCUCUCUCACCUGAUAUCUGGAUGUAUAUUCUGCUGGCUUGCUUGGGUGUCAGUUGUGUGCUGUUUGUCAUAGCCAGGUUUAGCCCCUAUGAGUGGUACAACCCGCACCCAUGCAACCCAGACUCGGACAUAGUGGAAAACAAUUUUACGCUGCUCAAUAGUUUCUGGUUUGGAGUUGGGGCUCUCAUGCAGCAAGGCUCAGAGCUCAUGCCCAAGGCGCUGUCGACGCGAAUAGUGGGAGGCAUCUGGUGGUUCUUCACCCUUAUCAUCAUUUCCUCCUACACGGCCAACCUGGCCGCCUUCCUCACCGUGGAGAGGAUGGAGUCGCCCAUUGACUCCGCCGACGACCUCGCCAAGCAAACCAAGAUCCUCUACGGCGUGGUAGAGGACGGCGCCACUAUGACCUUUUUCAAGAAGACGAAGAUAUCCACCUAUGACAAGAUGUGGGAGUUCAUGAACAGCAGGAGGCAGUCAGUGAUGGUGAAAAACGUGGAGGACGGCAUCCAGCGGGCCCUCACCUCGGAGUACGCCUUCCUCAUGGAGUCUACCACCAUCGAGUUUGUCACCCAGCGCAACUGCAACCUCACGCAGAUCGGAGGCCUCAUCGACUCCAAAGCCUACGGAGUGGGAACACCAAUGGGCUCUCCAUACAGGGACAAAAUCACAAUUGCCAUUCUGCAGCUGCAAGAAGAGGGCAAGCUGCACAUGAUGAAGGAGAAAUGGUGGAGGGGGAACGGCUGUCCCGAGGAGGAGAGCAAAGAGGCCAGCGCUUUGGGGGUGCAGAACAUCGGAGGAAUCUUUAUCGUACUGGCCGCCGGACUGGUCCUGUCUGUCUUUGUGGCCGUGGGGGAGGUCCUAUACAAGUCCAAGCAGAACGCCCAACUGGAGAAGAGAUCCUUCUGCAGCGCCAUGAUGGACGAGCUGCGGGUGUCUCUGAAGUGCCAGCGUCGUCUCAAGCAGAAGCCGCAGCCGCCGGUCAUCGUUAAGACGGAGGAAGUCAUCAACAUGCACACGUUCAACGACAGGAGACUCCCCGGGAAGGAAACCAUGGCGUGAAAAGACAAAAAAUAAAAAAUAAGAACUUCCCUCUGUGUGGGGGAACGCAGUGAGUGGAGCUGGGUGACAUCAUGACUGACCUUUACCGCCGUGUAAAGUUGACGAUCUUUUUUUCUUUUCUUUUUUUAUUUGUUAUGUAGAGAGAUGUUUCCUGUGGAAAUCAAGCUAGCUGAGCAGUGUCACCUCACUGUGAUGGUCAUUUUGUGAAGGCAGCUGGAGAUGAAGAGGGCUGUAUAUGCUGAGAGUGGACUAACACACACAAACACGCGCGCACACACAUAAAUAGUGACACAGGAUGUAGUUUUUCUGUUCAAGUCCGACCUCUGUGUGACCCAGCCCAUAUUUCCCUUCCCCUUAGUUUCUUUAGGAUUAUUUGGAGAAUUGGAAAAUAAAUAAUAAAUCACAUCAACAAGAGGACGAAGAGUAGACAUCGCCAAACAGAUUUCCUAUGAACUGGUGUGUAUAUUUCGGAAUCAUCUUUGCCAACUCAUCGUACCGUCUUUUUCCUCGUGCCAAAGCUUUUGGUUCAAAAGCCUCAAUGUAAUACGCUUCUAAUGUCUCUCUAAGUUGUUGUUUUAAUGCAGGAUUUCUACAAAUAAUAAUAAUAAUAAUAAUAAUAAUAAUAAUAAUGUUUGUUUUUGUACAAGAUCAAGACAUUUUAUAGGACUUUGUAUCAUGGUAGCCGCUCCCGAGGACACGACAUGUAGCGGACGCAAACGAAGCCCUCGCUCAGACUCCUGAUGCCUGGGAGGCUUCCACACGCUGCUCUGUAGGAUUCAUCCCGCUCACUUAUGCCGCAUUCCCGCUUUCGGUCUUUUCAUUCUUUGUGUGUUUGCGUGUCUGGAGAAAAUAUGGCUAUGUAAUAAAGCUAUGCUUGAAGUCACAAAGGUGCUUAUCUUUAAAACAGACUACUACACGUAACGAGUCUUGGUUUCUUAGAAAAAUAA